CGCGUCCGGCGGAAAUUCAUCCCACGGCCGUGUCACGAAAACGAUGGCAAGCGGCAUUGGCAAACACAAGAUUCUCAACGUGGGGCCGACCGAACCAUGGUCUGUCAGGGAGAAACUGUGCCUGGCCUCCUCCGUUAUGAGGAGUGGAGACCAAAACUGGGUAUCCGUAAGCAGAGCCAUCAAGCCUUUUUCAGAGCAAGGCCGUCCACCUGACUGGUUUUCCCAGAAGCACUGUGCCUCACAAUAUUCUGAGCUUCUUGAAGCCACAGAAGCACCAAAGCGCAAGCGUGGCGAGAAGGGCGAGGUAGUUGAGACCAUCGAAGACGUCAUCGUUCGGAGGCUGACCGCUGAGAGGAUAGAAGAGUUGAAAAAGCUACUGCGAGACACUCAGGAGCAGUACAGAAAGUUGAAAAAGGAGGUGGAUCUGAUCCAGACGGGUCACAUGGACUCCCAGGUGAAGGAGCUGUGGGCCGAGAUCACACUAAAGAAGAAGCAGGAAGAGGAGGAAGCAGAGCAGAAGAGGAAAGCAACAGAAUCGGCAUAUCAAGCUCGACAGGCAGUGAAAAACACACCGAAGCGUCUCCCCAGUGUGACCGUCCGCUCUCCGCUGGGCGCCAGCCCCCCCACCAUGGACUCCCAGACGGACUCCUCAGUAUCCACGCCGCCCAUGGACACAGGAAGUGUCGCUUCGGAGGACACCACCACCCUCUCAGUCGCCCACGGGGUGGGAGUGUUCCUCCCAGCGGCAGACCCUCCAGCAACGGGGCCCAAAGAGGGGGGCCUCACCGCUCUGGCCGACGACUCGCCGCAGAAGAGACUCCUCACACAGAAAGCCACGCCGCCGCCCUCGCCUCUCCUGUCAGAACUGCUGAAAAAAGGCAAUCUCAUCUCAGCCAGCCCUCGCCUGGUCGCAGACGGAGACACGGCCGGAAGUCUAACCAACGGCGUCCAGACCGCCACAGCAGCGGCAGCCUUACCGUCCGGUCACGACAUCAUCACAGAAGGAGACGCGGAGGCCGCUGUUAAGGCGGAGCUGGUUGAGGAGGCGGGCCUGGUGGAGGAAGACCUGGUCGCCGUGUCCUACAUGGGAGACGAGCUGGACCUGGAGACGGUGGGAGACAUCAUCGCCAUCAUCGAGGAGAAGGUCGACGACUCCGUGGAGGCUUUGGAUGCGGCCGCGGUGGAAGCGGCGCUGUCUCUGUGUGAGGAGGCCGUCUCGGAGGGUCACACUCUUCCGGGCCCCUGGGAGACCCAGGAACUGAAGGCCUCGGAGCCCACGCCCUCCGUCCCAGACCCCGACCCUGCUCAGGAACCUCAGGAUGUGGCCGCAGUGUCGGCCCCGACCCCGACCCUGACCCCGGCCCCGACCCCGGCCGGCCUGGAGACGCAGAGUCAGCAGGACUCUAAAGGAGAAGAGAGGCUGAAGGGAAACGGCGAGGCGCCCGAGGUGACGGGGAGUGACGUCACGUCGUCCGUGGCGUCCGACGACGGCACGGCGGGAAGCGAGGUCACGGAGGAGGGCGCCACGACGAAGGAGGCCGCCGAGGCCACGGUGAAGACCGAAGGGGAGGAGUGGAGCCAGCCGGAACCAAACCUACCCUGCCUCGACUCCGAGGACAGUUCAGUGUCUGGAAAAGAGUCCAAGGAUGUGAAGGAAGAGGAAGCGGGGAGUGAGGCGGACCCUGAGGAGGGGAUGGAGAUAAAGGAGGAGUGUGUCGAGGGGGAGGGCCAGUACCUGUCCGAGGUGGAGCGCGCCGCCAGCGAGAGCGAGGACGGCUACGGUCCGCCUUCGCAGCGCUACACGGCCGACUCGCUGGCCAGCAGCCCGGCCUCCUCCUCCCAGCUCUCCACGUGUGGGGAGGACCAGGAAACUGUCCAGGCGCAGAAGAUCUGGAAAAAAGCCAUAAUGCUGGUGUGGCGAGCCGCAGCCAAUCACAGAUAUGCCAGUGUCUUCUUGCAGCCCGUGUCAGAUGACAUCGCUCCCGGGUACCACAGCAUCGUCCACAGACCGAUGGACCUGUCAGCCAUAAAGAAGAACAUCGAGUCCGGCGUGAUCCGAACCACGGCCGAGUUCCAGCGCGACAUCAUGCUGAUGUUCCAGAACGCGGUCAUGUACAACUCGUCGGACCACGACGUGUACCACAUGGCGCUGGAGAUGCAGCGGGACGUCCUGGAGCACGUGCAGCAGUUCCUGGCCACCCAGCUCAUCAUGCAGACGUCCGAGAGCGCCAUCUCCGCCAAGAGCCUCCGCGGCAGGGAGGGGAGCCGCAAGCCGGGAGAGCCGGCCGAGAAGGACAGUGUCCCAAUGGCCUCUCCUGCUUUCCUUCUCUCUCUCUUUGACGGAGGCACCAGGGGUCGCCGUAGUGCCAUGGAGGCCGACCUCAAAAUGAAGAAAUAGACAAUAAGAGCAGAGCAGGCGGAGCAGCAGGUCAGCGCGUCUCUGCUCAGGACUCUGUGGAACGAGAGGAGGAGGAUUUUCACCAGCAAAACGUCUGUUCCAGAUCUCAUGACAAAGGACAGGGUCAAGUUUAACAUUCAUGCCGCGUCACCGUUGCGUCCGUUCAAGGUCAUUGAUUGUCCUGUCGACUGUGUGUUGCACCAAACUGUACAGACUGAACAACACUACACAGCAGAAUGCACAAAGGAAACGGAAUCGUCUGAUCGCAGCUGAAAUGUUAAGAACAAGGUUGUCUCUAAGCAUUUCAUGGUUUGAAUUGAUUUGCCCCGUUCACAAAUUCAAAUGGUGCUUCACAUCAUUCAGUAAUAAAUGAUCACAUUGAUUAAAUCUCUCAGCCAACACACAGCAGUGUAUGUUUCAGACCGUUAACUCUCACACACACACUUCACAUUUCAAUCUUUCUUUUUAAGCUCCAGGCCUUAAAUUAAAGACAAGGAUGCUACAGUUAAAAUUAAACAUGACACACAGUUGAGAUUGGCUUCAUCACGGUAAACUAUGUCUUUAGUUACGUACCACUGUGUUCGCCUGCUCAUUUUUCACGUCGUGUGUCCUGGAAGCCACCAAGAGACUGAGCCGCCUUUUCUAACCGCAUCCCUCUGUCACCUAAUGUUAGUUUGAUGAAUCACCUUAACGCGAGUUAAAUGUCACAUUUUCUCAUGGUGGAGAAAUGAUUCUAAAUUGAUUGUUGCCCCCUGAAUCCAGCGAGCGGUCUGAAAUCACCUGCCGUGUGAGAUGGCUGUGAUGUAAAACACAAGCGUCCACUAAUGGGCUCAAACAGGGUACACACACUUCAUCACACCGCCGCCCCCAACGCGCCACUUAGGAUGUAGCCAGUGAGUGCAGUGCUAUGUAAAUGGCAUCAGAGACGUGUUUGUAUUGGGUGUUAGAUGGGAGGACAAAAUCACCGUUUUGUACCUGAGACGGGUCGUGUAGUUUGUGUUUGGGUAGCUGAUACGUGUACAUGUGUUCUGUUGUACAUUUGUUAAAUAAAGAUUGUAUCUGAACCUACA